ACCCUUACCUACAGUCUUCCUCGCGUUCUCUCCCCCUCUAUCAUCACUUCCCGGUUUUUCUACUAUUUAUCCAUCCAACUAGUUACAUGGCUCCUCCUCCUUUCCAUAUAUUUUAUUCGUAUUGUUUGAUCGAUCCGUUUUUUUUUUUUUUUUUUUACAUGCGUUCCUUUAAUUUGUCUUGUUGUAUGUCUACUCAGUUUUUCUUGUGUGCACCCCCAUAUACAGUAAUACACAAUUUCGUAAAGAAUUAUUUACGCUAUUCAUGUUAAUUAUCUAUUGUGAAAAAAAAAAAGUGAGGUGAUGUAGGUAUGCUAUGGUUAUGUACAUGCGUCUUAAUGUCGUCUUUGGCGUUGAUGGGCUCGCUCAGUUUCCUCAGGGUUGAAUUGAGAAUUGUAUCUACGCGAUUUUUCCUGAGCAUAGUCAUCCACUGGACCCUUCACCAAGGCUGCCG